CUGAAAAAGCAGCAGAGAGUGAGCGUGCGCGUGUUUGUGGAGUGCACGGUGAGAAUUCAUGCUGUGUUAGCAUCCCCUCAGCAACUCCAUCAAUACUGCAUACAGCUAAGAAACUGGCAAAGGUCUUUUGUGCUGCAUUUGCGGGCUGGGCCAGCGAAAGAAAGCAACUCCCACGACCGGUCGGCUCAGACUGCUGCUGCUGUUGCUAGAGGGGGCACGCCACACAUACACAUGCACACGCGCGCUGGCUCGUACACACACAAACUCUGCUGCAUCAAGAGGGACAGGACACACGGACUGGGAAUACUCCCAAGUGGAGGGAGAAGGAAUCCCGCAGAGGAACUGGAUUGCUGGGGACUGGUGCAAAUAUGUUAGUGUGCACUCCACUGCACAUCUCCUUGCACCUGCUCCAUGACCGCAGCUCUCUUUGAUUAUGUGGAAAGAUUAAUGUGUACAAUGUACAUUGUGGACCGGCAGGUUCUUAUACCUCCACUUUUUCGACAUCGCUGCAACCGAACAUCCAGAGGGCUGAGGACCUGACCCAAACUCGCCUCCCCUCAUCUCUCUCCCCUUCCCUCCCUCUCCCUCAGUGCCAGUCAUUUGCGAGCCCACCAUGGGAGGAUGUUUCUCCAAACCCAAACCAGUUGAAGUCAAAGUGGAACUCUCUCUCCUGGAAAAAGAAAAAGAAGUGGAUGGCCUUUCACCUAAUGGCAAGGCCAGUCCUUUCGCAGACUACAGACCCAACGGUGCUCUGGGACACAGCUCGGACGACGACUCCACCUUGCUCCAUGUUUACCACAAAUCACGCGACUAUGUGGAAGCCUCUGUCUGUCAUGUCAAGGAUCUGGAAAAUGGACAGAUGCGAGAGGUUGACUUGGGAAGUGGUAGAGCAUUGCUAAUUAAAGAACAUGGAGAGUUCUCAGCAAUGGGCCACAAGUGUCCGCACUACGGCGCACCACUGGUCAAAGGUGUGCUGUCAAAGGGACACGUGCGCUGCCCGUGGCACGGCGCUUGUUUCAACAUCGCAACAGGCGACAUCGAAGACUUUCCCGGCUUGGACAGCCUGCCGACCUUCCAGGUCAGAGUUGAAAAGGACAAGGUCAUCAUUCGAGCAAACAAGCAGGCUCUUCAGACGCAGAAACGUUCAAAAGCCAUGGCCCGAUGUUCUGCUGUCAUAAACUCCAGCACAGCCUUCACUCACGUUCUAAUUAUCGGUUCAGGUCCAGCAGGUCUAGUGUGUGCGGAGACGUUGAGGCAAGAGGGUUUCACUGACCGUAUCGUCAUAUGCACCAUGGACAGACAUCCUCCCUAUGACAGGCCUAAACUGAGUAAGUCCCUAGACAGCACAGCGGAACAGCUGAGGUUGCGCUCCAUGGACUUCCUGCAGGACCACGACAUUGAAUUGCUCACAGAAAAAGAGGUUGUGGCAAUAGACGUGAAGACACGGUCGGUCACCUUUGAAGAAGGCUUGAGGAUGGAAUACAGGAAACUCUUUAUUGCUACAGGAAACAAACCCAAACCUCUGAACUACAAGGGAGGGGAUGUCAGGAAUGUGUUUCACCUCCGGACGCCUGAGGACGCUAACAGCAUAGCAAGGCUGGCCAACAACAAGAACGCCGUGAUUGUGGGAACAUCUUUUGUUGGCAUGGAGGUGGCUGCUGCUCUGACUGACAAGGCCCACUCAGUCUCUGUCAUUGGGGUGGAGUCAGUUCCAUUUAAAAAAGCCCUUGGUGAAAAAGUAGGGAAAGCCAUCAUGAAGCUCUUUGAGGCAAACGGGGUGAAGUUCUACAUGCUGAAUGAGGUGUCUGAGAUGAUUGGCCAUCAUGGACAGCUUAAGGAGGUGGUCCUCAAGAGUGGCAAAGUCCUGCGGGCUGAUGUUUGCGUCGUUGGAGCAGGGUGUGUUCCUGCAACAAGCUUCUUGAAACAGAGCGGAAUUCACUUGGACUCAAAGGGUUUCAUCACUGUCAACAAGAUGAUGCAGACAAAUGUCGAUGGGGUCUUCGCUGGGGGAGAUGUGGUGACCUUUCCUUUCCCGCCACGCAACAAUAAGAAGGUCAACAUCCCACACUGGCAAAUGGCUCACGUGCAUGGAAGAGUAGCAGCGCUCAGCAUGGUGGGCAGAGUCACUGAGAUGAAAACAGUGCCUUAUUUCUGGUCAGCCAUGUUUGGAAAGACCAUACGCUACGCAGGUUAUGGAGACGGUUUUGAUGAUGUCAUCAUUCAAGGCGAUCUCGAUGAGCUGAGAUAUGUCGCGUUUUACACCAGGGGUGAGGAGGUCGUUGCUGUGGCCAGCAUGAACUAUGAUCCCAUUGUGUCACGAGUGGCUGAGGUCUUAGGAUCCGGAAAGACGAUUAAGAAACGAGACGUGGAGACUGGAGAUAUUUCCUGGUUGAUUGACAAGGGCUCCCAAUAACAUCAUGUUUCUACUGCACACGCUCAGCAGGUGUGCACUGGAAUUGUGGACACAGACACUAAACGGUGCUGAGACAAAAGGCAGCUAUCCCUUGUCUGAGGACUUUGACGAUGAAACAUGAGAAUGCAGAGUCAGCAUGACCCAAACUGUCUCCUUUCAAACAAUUACGGAUUUGGCUGCAAGAUGUCAUCUACGUGUACAAUUUGUUCAUAGCAAGCCAUGGAUGGCCAACGGUGUUUUGUAUGAAUAAUAUUGUAAAUAGCUAUAAUCCUGAAUGCACUGUAACUAAAUAGAACUUAUAUUUGGGGUGAUUUCUAAAUAAUGGAAUGGUUGGUAUUCUUCCAUACGUAUCUACAUGGUAAAUGCUUUAGUUUUCUGUAUAGAACCUUCACUGAAACUUCAUUAGGUACACCUGUAUAAUCUAAUGAGAUUCAUCACAAGAGCUGGAUCGAAUAUUAUUAUGGAUCUCAUUUGACUGUGCAAAUGCACCUAUCGCUUUGGCUUGUGAGUGAAAGUGAAACACGCAGCUUUAAUUUGUACUAAACAUUUAAAGAUUAAAAAAUACCUCUUAUUGUUGGCUUUCUUGCUAGAUUGCACAAAAUCCUUAAUCCCCUUGAUUCUGUAUUAACGCUUGCUUGCAGAUUUAAGUAUUGUUUUAACACAAUACAGAUGAUAUCCAUGAUGAUGCUAAUUUGUUUGAAUACUAACUCAGGGAACAAAGGUUUGUGGCCUCCAAGGGUACCCUGUACUUUUUCAAGAAAAUAAUUUCUUGGUUCAAUUUUCUCCCCCGGUUAUAUUAUCCACACUUGUUCUGUCCAUCUGAAUUAGAGACAUUAAUGUGCAGUCUUCAGGGUGGACCUCAAUUUAAGAAAAAAAAAGUUCCUCCUACAAUGGAGCAAGGAUGGGAUUUUUAUAAUUUUGAA